GUGGCUAGCUAAACAAUGUAAAAUACACAGUUCGUUAUUUUCAUGAGUACAGUAGUAGCUAAGUUAGCUUAUAAAUGUAAAAGAUCUAGAGAGCCACAUUGGACAGAACAGAAGCUGUUAACGUUGCUUGUAAAUCAAAUGUGUGGCACACUUAGCUACCUGGACAGCGCAGAACAGUUGGUUUAUUACAUGAUUGUAGCAUUUCUAUACUGUCAGUAUUUGACUUCAGCAGUACCAAGCCAUCACAUAUUGAAGUUGCAUUGUUUCAGUAAAAGCAUUACUGCAGUGCACCCAUAUCAGUAAUUGAGGAUUUUUACGAGAGUUGAUUUUCUUGUAGUGACUAGACUGUUAUGCAUGGAUAUGUACACUGAUACACAAUGACAGUAGUAACUCAAAUUGAACGUUUAGCUCAAACGCUGGUGUAACAGUGGCCUGACAGUGGAAAAACACUGCCGACUUUGCACUCAGUCUGUCUAUCAUCUCUAGGCCUCAGUGUUAUGUCACUGGUACAAGGGAGGUGAAAUUCACUUAUUUUCAGGAAAAGGGGGGCUGUAAUUUUACAUGACUGACUCAGGGUGAGGAGGAUCAUUUUCGGGGAGGAGUGAUUGAAGGGUGAGGGGGUGUGCAAACUCUGCAAACAAAUCUGCAACUCUGCAAACAAAUCUGUAAUACCCUGAGCUUUGCAGAAAAAAAACAAAAAGAGCCAGCAGUCUGGUCUCAUUUUUACUGCUAGGGUGUCCAGGAAGGAAGCCUGGCCGGCAGAGCCUGAAACAAAAGCACAGAAGAAUGAGUAAGAACCUGUGUAAUUUCCCAACAACAAUCCUCCCAUUCUUGCGGAGCACAGGCAGCAAGAUGUCAUCCUCCUCCAGCGAGGGCCAAGGAAAGUCCAAAUCCCCACUGCGCAAGAGGGGGAGUCUGCAGAGCACCACCAGCCCUGAUCUGCGUGGUGUAGCAGGGCAGUCCAAGCCCCUGAAUCCUCAGCGCUCCCUCCCUGGGACGCCCAUCACUCACACACUCAAACACUUCCCCAUCAACCUGCGUACAUCCAUGGACGGAAAGUACAAGGAGAUCGCCGAGGAGCUGUUCACUCGUAGCCUGACGGAGAGUGAGAUGCGCACCGCUCCUUAUGAGUUCCCUGAGGACAGCCCCAUCGAGCAGCUGGAGGAGAGACGCCAACGCCUGGAGAGGCAGAUCAGCCAGGACAUCAAGCUUGAGCCAGAGAUCCUGCUCCGCAUCAAACAGGAGUUCAUGAAAAUUGACAGUGCUGCCGACCUAGAGUUUAUGAAUGAGCUGGGUGGUGUGGACAGGACGGAUGAUGGCUGGAUGAAGGAGAGAGUAUUACCGAUGGAGCGAGAGUACCAGCGUGUCUCAAUAUCAGGGGAGGAGAAGUGUGGGGUGCCCUUCACAGACCUGGUGGAUGCAGCUAAAUGUGUGGUGAAGGCCCUGUUCAUCAGGGAGAAGUACAUCGCUCUGUCCAUUCAGAACUUCUGUAAGACCACUGCCCGAGAGCUGGGAGAGCUGGGAGAGAAACCCCUGGACCUACGCAUCUAUGAGGAGAUCCCUGAGACCCCUGUUGAUGCAGAUGCUCCAGUCCACCCCCCUGUCUCAGAGACUCACCCCUAUGAAAACCAGGACACCAAGAACAUGCCUGCAGACACAGGGUACAGCUGUAAGAUGGUGGAUGGGGUCAUGCAUGUCUACACCAAGAAGAGCCCCAUGGAGAAGAGUACAGAGUUGGACCUGCCUUACCCAGACCUGAAGGAGUACAUCGCUGACAUGAAUGUCAUGAUGGCUCUCAUUAUUAACGGACCAGUAAAGUCGUUCUGCUACCGCCGGCUGCAAUACCUGAGCUCUAAGUUCCAGAUGCACAUCCUGCUGAACGAGAUGAAGGAGCUGGCAGCCCAGAAGAAGGUUCCUCACCGUGACUUCUACAACAUCCGCAAGGUGGACACCCACAUCCAUGCCUCAUCUUGUAUGAACCAGAAGCACCUGCUGCGCUUUAUCAAGCGGGCCAUGAAGAAGUACCCUGGGGAGAUAGUCCACAUGGAGCACGGGCGGGGACAGACCCUCAUGGAGGUGUUUGAGAGCAUGAACCUGACCGCCUUUGACCUGAGUGUGGACACACUGGACAUGCACGCGGACCGCAACACGUUCCAUCGCUUCGACAAGUUCAAUGCCAAAUACAACCCCAUCGGAGAAUCCAUCCUGAGAGAGAUCUUCAUCAAGACAGACAACCACAUCGAGGGCAAAUACUUUGGCCACAUGAUCAAGGAGGUGAUGGCUGACCUAGAGGAGAGUAAGUACCAGAAUGUGGAGCUGCGUCUGUCCAUCUACGGCCGCUCCCGGGACGAGUGGGACAAGCUGGCCCAGUGGGCCGUCAAACACCAAGUCUACUCUGACAACGUGCGCUGGCUCAUCCAAGUGCCCCGCCUUUUUGAUGUGUACUGCACCAAGAAGCAGCUGGCUAACUUCCAGGAGAUGAUGGAGAACAUCUUCAUGCCUCUGUUUGAGGUCACCAUUAACCCCCGCAGCCACCCUGAGCUGCACCUCUUCCUCCAGCAUGUGGUGGGCUUUGACAGUGUGGAUGACGAGUCCAAGCCGGAGCACCACAUCUUCAAUAUGGACAGCCCCCUGCCAGCCAACUGGACAGAGGAGGACAACCCUCCCUACUCCUACUACCUCUACUACACCUACGCCAACAUGGCCGUGCUCAACCACCUGCGCAGGAGGCGUGGCUUCCACACGUUUGUGCUGCGCCCUCACUGCGGGGAGGCGGGGCCUGUCCACCACCUGGUGUCGGGUUUCAUGCUUUCAGAGAACAUCUCCCACGGGCUGCUUCUCAGGAAGGCACCAGUGCUGCAGUACCUGUACUACCUGGCUCAGAUUGGCAUUGCCAUGUCCCCCCUGAGCAACAACAGCCUGUUCCUCAGCUACCACCGCAACCCCCUGCCUGAGUAUCUGUCCAGAGGCCUCAUGGUCUCUCUGUCCACUGACGACCCCCUACAGUUCCACUUCACCAAGGAGCCCCUGAUGGAGGAGUACAGCAUCGCCACACAGGUGUGGAAGCUCAGCUCCUGUGACAUGUGUGAGCUGGCCAGGAACAGCGUCCUUAUGAGCGGCUUCUCCCACAAGGCAAAGAGUUACUGGCUGGGGCCCAAAUAUAGCAAAGAGGGCCCAGAGAGCAACGAUAUCCGUCGUACCAACGUCCCGGACAUCCGCGUGGCAUACCGCAGUGAGACCCUGCUGGAGGAGCUCAACCUCAUUACCCACGCUGUGCGCACCAAGGAGCUGGACAACAUCGACGAGGAGGACACCCUCUCCAUGGCUCCCGUCGGGGCAGAAGGACGCUAAAUCAAUCAACUCCUCUAUUGCUCCCUGGAUAGGUUUUAUUUCAUAUUGGAGGAGAUUUUCUGAUCUUCGAUCUGUUCCUCUGUCACUUCCUCUGUCACUUUUAUCUCCUGACCCUCCAUACAUUCACACCCCAAAUGAUUUCCUUUGCUUUGUCAUGUGACCCUGCAUGGGAUGGAAGAUCCCACAGUUAAGCCUGUGAUUUGAUGACGUGUUUGUACCCAUCACUGAUAUAACACACACACACACACACACACACACUUAUUGCACAGUUUUCCUGUCCUAAAAGCUGCUUAUCUUCCAUCACACAGUCAUGCUGCAUUAACCUUAAAAUCUAGUGUAACCUUAACAUCUAGUGUAAUAUUAACAUCUAGUGUAACAUGAACAUCUAGAGUAACAUGAACAUCUAGUGUAACAUGAACAUCUAGUGUAAUAUGAACAUCUAGUGUAACAUGAACAUCUAGUGUAAUAUGAACAUCUAGUGUAACAUUAACAUCUAGUGUAAUAUGAACAUCUAGUGUAACAUUAACAUCUAGUGUAAUAUGAACAUCUAGUGUAACAUGAACAUCUAGUGUAAUAUGAACAUCUAGUGUAACAUGAACAUCUAGUGUAAUAUGAACAUCUAGUGUAACAUUAACAUCUAAUGUAAUAUGAACAUCUAGUGUAGUAUUAACAUCUAGUGUAAUAUUUUCAUAAUGGUUAUAACUUUUGAAGUAGGAAAGCAGAUACAACUUAGCAGCAAUAUUAUGAGUGUAUUAUCCAUGGGUUGUCUUACCUCACGACACAAUGCAUAGGUUCCACACUACAUUGUUCCAACAACACCUGUUCCGCACUGAUAGGAACAGUCGCAUGUAACUUAGAGAUGCAUGGAAACCAUGGUAACACUUUUCUAAAGUACGGACGUACUGAGUUUAAAAAACAAACAAAGGACCAAAUCUGCGUGGUCUAGAAGCAGAAGUUGUGCACAAUUCCAGUUUGUGUGUGCUGCUGGGUAUCUGCUGGCUUUCAUCUGUCUCUGGCUUCAGGAAGUUUCUAGUGCUUUAAUAGCUAAAGGAGUCCUCUCAGCUAGUCUCCGUGAUCUAAAUCAGCUCUGAACUAAAAAGCAAGCAGGACAUCCAGCAGAGACACUGCAGCAGCCCUCAGGACAUGGAGCUGUGCGCCUGACUGGUCUACUGCAAACAUUCCAUUCAAUUAACAUUAAGAUAGAUGUUAUUUUUAGCUGCAGAAAAAAAAGAAUCACAUUAGUUAUAGAAUAUGCAGCCAAAAAGAGUAGAUGUAUACUAUUCCAGUACAGAUGCAUGAUGUGUACAGGGUAUAUAUAUAUAUAUAUAUCUAAAGGAUAUAUCUGUCUGUGGUAGAGUGGAUGCUGAGAGAUGUGAAUGAUGGAGCCAAUCAACCACAACAUGUUUUCCAAGCACAAGUCAAGAAGAAUGAAUACAGCAGCGUCCAAGCCAGUGGGGCUCCCAUGCCCCCCUACCAUUACCUCAACAGUCACCAUGUUCUUGGAUAUGGACCCUCCAAACCCCCCAUUGUGUGUGUAUGUCCCACUCCCACCCCUCACACACCCCUUGGUCCUCUAAAGAGACCAGGACAGACCCCAGGGACGGGCCUCUGGACCCACUAUGUUGGUUAUUAGUUCAUUGUAUGCAGUGCCCUGUAUGCUCCAUACCAGACUUACCAGUGCCUUUUGAUUUGAACUUUAGGCACUAGCUAGCCUGUCACAGUCUAAGCUGUUCUCAUGCUCUGCUGCAACGCCUCAGUCCUCAUCACCAACAACAACAACCACAGCAUCUGUUCUCUUCAUGCAUUAGCAUUUUUGCUGAACUAACAUCAAGAUGAUGCCAUUGGGACUGAAACCAUGCUGCAUGUUAAAGUACCUUCUCCCUUACCUACCCAGACCUUCCAGUGAAGUGGAAGAAGCCGUUUUACCAAUGCUCUGCUUUGGCUGCAUUUCCACCGUGCAUCUUAUGUUGUGAAUGCCUGCAUGGAGCCAUGCAACAGGAGUGGCUGAAAAGCUGUUUAAAGUGAGAUGUAAUGUGAAAAAGCAACACAUGAGAAGCCAAGUAAGCUGAACGACUGUCAUGUAUGAAGUAUGUGUGCAGUCAAUGAUUGUUGUUAGUUUGAGUUCUGCAAAACAAACUCAUUCAGCUUGUCAUCCCUAUGGCAAUGCUCAAACCGUGCAGGGACACGUUUGCAUGGUUGUCAUCGGGAACAAAUGAGCUCACCCCCACCACCAUGGUUGUCAUGGUCACCAAAACAAGUACACACCUAUCCCCAUUAUCUUGCCCAAAGACAAAGAGCCUCUUCUAUGCCCGAUUCAAACUGUGGGCAUUCAUCUUGGAUAUUGUUAUAACUGUUCUAAUUGUACACUCCUAUUAGAUGCCAAGACUGUUCCAGUGGAAUAAGUGGGCCCUAGUUGUAAAUGUUCACCAUGCAUUGCAUACCAUAUCUACCAGGCCAUUUUAAAAACGUAAGAUCGAAGCGUGAUAUAUACAGUAAGGCCUAGAUUCAAGCAGAUCAAGUGUUAACCGGCAAUAGCCGACACCCGCAUAGCUGAUGUUUUGGCGUCGGAGGUGGAACUGCGUUGGAGCUGUCAAAUCGGUGAGCAGAUGCUCUUUAUCAUUGUCAAGAAGCCACACUCGUCCCACUCACGUUAAGAAGUUCAGAACGAGAAAGUGUAGUAUAUAUAGAAAUAAUGACGCACAAAUAGAAAAUCAUUGAUUGAAAUAAUGAGGAUUUCUAUCAGCCUAAUCAAGGUGUAGAUUACAUCUCACAUUCCAGUGUUCUAACUUAUAAACAAGGCUGCAUGGGAUUUCUCUUCAUGCG